AUGCCGAGCCAGCUAAUCCCCUCGUCUCUCUCCCCGUCUCCUCCCGUUUUAUCCCGUUUCUCCCGUUUCUCCCGUUUACUUGCACGUCUCUGUCUGCAGAUCGCCGGCGACCCUUGCCCCGGUUCCAACGAGUGCCCCAGCAAGAAGGGAUGCUUCGCCAAGGGCGACUACUGCGACGGGGUGAAGAACUGCGCGGACGGUAGCGACGAGUGGCCCUGGCUCUGCAAUUUCGACAUGGACUGCGGCGCCCUCAACGCCACUCACAUUCUCUGUCCAGAUGCCCCAAGCGUUUGCAUCCUGCCCGGACAAUUCUGCGAUGGAAAAACCGACUGCCCGGACUCACUGGACGAAAACCCCAAGUUCUGCUCGAAUUUCACCUGCCCGAGAAACAACAUCCGCUGCCCGGGACUCAACAUGUGCAAGCCAAACGGAACCCUCUGCAACGCGGUGGCCGAUUGCCCCGCGAAGACAGCUGGCGGAAAGCCAGCGGACGAGGAUCCCGCGUUCUGCAAGUCGUACGUCUGCCCCAAGGGGUUCUCCAAGUGCAGCGACAAAGUGCAGUGUGUUGACGAUGUGCUUCGCUGCAACGGUGUUGCCGACUGCAAAGAUGGUAGUGACGAGGUGGGGUAUGGAAGCGAUGAGGACAGAUGUGACAUUCCACCUGCCGGGCCCGCGCCCCCCAAGGCCCCAUCCACGGGUCCCCCCAAGGCCCCAUCCACGGGUCCCCCCAAGGCUCCUCCCAAGGCUCCUCCCAAGGCUCCUCCCAAGGCUCCCCCCAAGGCUCCUCCCAAGGCCCCACCCAAGUCUUCUAAACGUCCACCACCCAAAUCUGUUAAACGCCCACCGAAACCCAGGUCUAAAAAGUAG